AAAUAAUUCGAUUCAAAGCAAGCACGCACUACAAUAAUAAUUCCAAAAAGCAAACGCAUACAGUUUUCCAAAACCGAUCCCUAUCUCUCUCUUUCAAGCAAUACGUCGAACACCUUUAUGACAUUUUAAAUUCAAAAACAUAAUUUAAAUACACAUGGCUAAAGCCACAAAUAAAAACACAGAUAGAGAGGGCAAAAACGGACCUGAAACGAAGAAAUGGCAGCAUUGCAGAAAUUCAAGCUACUCGCUACACAAUGCGGCGUCGUACAGAGUCCUACACGAAGUCCAAGUCCAAGAACAAGCCCUAUCAUUCACCUCCGUCGCAAAAAAACCACUCUCCGUAUGCUUCUCACUCGCUCCUCCACCUCCUCCGGCCGCCGCUCACCUCGUCGACAGCAUGAUCCGUCUCCGAUGAUUCUUCCGCCGCCGGAGAAAAAGAGAGGCACGUUAAAGGACUUGUUCGUUUCGUCUCCGGCGAUGACAUUUGACGACGACGGCGACGAAGAAGAGAAUGUUAAGGGAAAGGUUAGAGAGAUGAAUAUCGGAGGGAAAUGUGAAGUGUUUAGAAUGAGAGUUAACGGUUUAGGUGUUGAACCGGCUGGUUCGCCUAGACCGGGAUGGAUCGGGUUUAGACAUAGGUGUUUGAUUCGGAGAGCUUGGAGGCCAAUGCUUGCCGGAAUUGUCGAAGAAGAUGAUGAUGUGUCAAAUUCUGUUUGACCGAUUUGCCCCUCUGUUGUUAUUAACUAACUGUAGUAAAUAAUUUUUGCUUUCA